UACCAGUCGGGUGUGUACCUACGUUGUGGACGUGGACUUGUGCAUCGUUUUGCGACUGUAUAUUGUAUAAUUUAAAUUGGAAAUAAUAAUAAAAAUGUCGAAAAUAAAGGCUGGACCCGUUGUUGACGUCCUUGGGGAUGAAAUGACUAGAAUUAUCUGGGACUUAAUAAAGAACAAGCUCAUCUUACCAUUUUUGGACAUUGAGUUGCACACUUAUGAUUUGGGUAUGGAGUACCGUGACAAAACCGAAGAUCAAGUUACCAUUGACUGUGCUAAUGCCAUCAAAAAGUACAAUGUUGGUAUUAAAUGCGCCACCAUCACUCCAGACGAGAAAAGAGUUGAAGAAUUUAAGUUGAAGAAAAUGUGGAAAAGUCCCAAUGGAACAAUCCGUAACAUUCUCGGCGGAACAGUCUUCAGGGAAGCUAUCAUUUGCAAAAACAUCCCACGUCUAGUGACUGGUUGGGAGAAGCCCAUUAUAAUCGGGCGUCACGCUCACGCAGAUCAGUACAAAGCUACUGACUUUGUUGUUCCAGGUGAAGGAAAAUUGGAACUUAUAUUCACACCUCCUUCUGGUGAACCUAUCAAACACGUCGUUAACGACUUCAAAGGUGCUGGUGUCGCUCUUGGCAUGUUCAACACUGAUGAAUCUAUUGUCGAUUUCGCUCACGCAUCAUUCAAAUACGCUCUUGACAGGAAAUACCCUCUAUAUUUGAGCACCAAGAAUACCAUUCUGAAAAAGUAUGAUGGUCGUUUCAAGGAUAUCUUCCAAGAAAUUUAUGAGAAAGAUUACAAAUCUCAGUAUGAAGCUGCAGGUAUUUGGUAUGAACACAGGCUCAUCGACGACAUGGUUGCUUAUGCUAUGAAGUCAGAGGGUGGUUUCGUAUGGGCUUGUAAAAACUAUGAUGGUGAUGUACAAUCUGAUUCGGUAGCCCAAGGUUAUGGUUCUCUCGGUUUGAUGACUUCUGUCCUCAUUUGCCCAGAUGGCAAGACAGUCGAAGCUGAAGCGGCCCACGGAACAGUAACAAGACAUUACCGUUUCUACCAACAAGGCAAAGAGACAUCCACCAAUCCAAUCGCUUCUAUUUUCGCAUGGACGAGAGGUCUCUUGCAUCGCGCCAAGUUGGAUAACAACGACGCAUUAAAGAAUUUCGCUGAAACACUCGAAAGUGUUUGUAUUGAUACAAUUGAGUCUGGUAUUAUGACUAAGGAUCUUGCAAUAUGCAUCAAGGGAAUGAACAAUGUGAAGAGAUCAGAUUAUUGCGAAACAUUCGAGUUCAUGGAUAAACUCGCUGAGAAUUUAACAAAGAGGCUUGGCAAAUGACUAUACAAAAGUAAUAUUUAAAUUUUUCUAUUCUAGUUUUUAUUGAAUUUAUAAUGUACUCAUACAUGAUUAAUGGGAUUUAAAGGUAUAUUUGUUUAAUCGCAUUUAUUUAUUGUUAACGCUUUUAUGUCACAAAUAAAUGUAUUUUUUAUGUGAUGAA